CUACACAGUUCUGAACAUACAACUGGAGGUGCUACACAGUUCUGAACAUACAACUGGAGGUACUACACAGUUCUGAACGUACAACUGGAGGUACUACACACUUCUGAACGUACAACUGGAGGUACUACACACUUCUGAACAUACAACUGGAGGUACUACACACUUCUGAACAUACAACUGGAGGUACUACACACUUCUGAACAUACAACUGGAGGUACUACACACUUCUGAACGUACAACUGGAGGUACUACACACUUCUGAACGUACAACUGGAGGUACAGUCCUGGAUCCACACUACACACAAUUCCUUUAUUUUCAUAAUAUGAAAUUCUCACUUUAUCUUAUAUUGAGAGGUUAAGUUUUGUCUGUGGUUGUUUUAUUGUUGUUUACGUCUGUGCUGGUGUCAGAGAAGCAGGUGGAGGAGAUACUGACGACCGCAGGACACAUGCCAGACUGUAGCCGCUUCCAUCACCUUCUGCAGCGGUACCGCCUUCACCGCCUGCUGAACGCCCGCACGCCCGCCCAUACUCUCCUGCUGCCCCUUGAUCAGGGUUUCAGGAGUCUGGACUCGCGGACAUGGUCAGAAUUGGGUCGAGCAGUGGAAGUGGAUGAGGGAUGGAGUGGACCGCCGCUACUGUUAUACCACCUGCUGCCACGUCGCUGGCUCACUACCCACCUCCAUCAUGGCCAGAACAUUCCCACACUCUACCAGGGACACCCCAUCACUGUCACCAAACUGGAGAAUAAGAUGGUGCUGCUGAACUGUGUGGGUGUAGUACGUGUGGACGUACACUCACGUGAUGGUGUGGUUCACGUCAUCAGCAGACCCUUGCCUCCAGCAUACACCCUCACCCUGGCUGACCUCAUCUCCAGUGACCACAAGCUCACACUCUUCUACACUCUACUAGGCUAUGGAGAGUUGGUGAGCCUGGUGCGCCACACUGGUCCUCUCACAGUACUGGCACCAACCAAUGAUGCUUUCAAUCGUCUACCAAGACACUUUUUGGACUCCAUCACUUAUGACGCCAAGUACUUUCCAGCCCUCCAAGCGCUAGUCCGCCAGCACCUGCUGGAGGGGCUGCAGUGCUCCACAGCACUGAGGAGGAAGGCAGAGGUGACCACGAUGGAAGGACGAUCCCUGACUGUUUCCUGCAACCACUCCCUCACUCUCAGAGUGGGCGCCUCUACUGUCACCACUCCUGACCUGCUAACAUCCAACGGCGUCCUCCACUACGUUGACCGCGUCCUCAUACCCCCCAUGGCACUGAGCCUGGCCCAGGUCACUCGGAGGGCAGGAGCUACCACCUACAUCAGACUAGUACGUCGAGUUGGCCUCUUCCACCGCCUUGUCUCCUACGGCCCAUACACAGUCUUCGCUCCCUCCAACAAGGCCCUCAGAAGACUGAAGAGGACGACGUUACAGGACCAUGUAGCUCUUAAAAAGCUGGUACUCUACCAUCUGGCGGACGGUGCCCACGCCUCCUACACCCUUAGGGACAACCAUCUCCUUCCCUCCAGACUUCCUGGUGCCUCACUCAGGGUCAAGAUCCACCCCAAGGUGAUGAGCGUCGAGGACGGGGUGGUGAUGAGUAGUGACCACGUUGCCUUCAAUGGCUAUGUUCACGUGCUGGACCAAGUACUGACCCCUCCCACACAUACCCUUGCCCGCACCCUGGCACUCACGCCCACACUCUCCCGCUUCACCGCCCUCAUCACCCAGGCAGGAGUGUGGGCUUGGAAAGAGCUGAGCCUGGGCAAGGGCCCCUACACCUUGCUGGCUGUGAAGGACCAAGACAUAGACACCUGGGCCACCGACACCUUCACUUACUAUCGUCUUAUCAACGACCGUAACCUCCUUAACCAGAGUCUCAACAUUCACUUGCUGGAAGACUUGGUGAUGCCCCGUGCCCUACAGGAGGGCACCACUUUUCUUCUGGGAACCCGCCAUGCCCCCCGCGCCCUGCGCCUUAGUGUGUCUGGGGGUCGCCUCUCCCUCCACCAUGCCUCCGUCAGCUCAGACUACAUCCUCUGCACCAACGGCAUCAUCCUCUUCAUCGAUUCUCUUCUCCUACCAUGACCUAUGUCCUCGUCUUCGACGAUGUCCCUUUUAAUUUGGUCUCAGUAGUAGUGGUUAGGGUGAUGACAGUUGUGGUUAUAUUGUGUGACUGUCUUUACUAGAAAGAAUUUAUUAUAUAUUUAUUGUUUAAAAAAUAAAAAAUAAAAGGUUUGAUACAUUUCUGCGUAAUGAAUGAGAGCCCGCAAGGAGAAGGAAACUUGCGAGGAACUGAACACAUUGGUGAAGAAUAUGUCGCAAUACCGUGGCCGGAACAGUUCACAAUUAAUACCAUGGCUUCAACUAAUCCCCUCCUGGAUUGAUACGAAUAAAAUCAUCUUAUUGUACAAGUGUUUGUGGAGAGAGAUUAUGAUUCGGUGUCCCGUAGCUCGAUUGCUAGCGCAGUCAGCUCAAACACUGAGGUCCGGAGAUCGAAUACCCGGUGCGGCUGGAAAACAUUAGGACGUGUUUCCUUAAAACACCUGUUGUCCAUGUUCACCCAUCAGUGUAAAAUGGGUGCCUGGGUGUUAGUGGACUGGUGUGGGCCGCAUCCUGGGCCAAAACUGACCUAAUUUGCGGCUUUCAAGUGUCAUUGAUGUCAGCUAUGGUCUGUAUUAUUAUUAAGUGAAUCCCCAGAGUUUUUCAUAAAGUUGUGUCUAAAGUUUUAAUCUUUAAAUGACUACUAAAGAUGUUUAAUUAACAAGUAAUAAAGACUGUGAACACAAUAGUAAUUUUAUUUGGUGGAGACAUACCUU